AAUUCCAAUGGAAGAAGAAGACGCAUAUGAUGUGGGGUGCAGAAUCAAAACAGUUAAAUUUGACAGCUCGACAUUGUCCCUCACAAGGCUCGUAAAAUGUUAUGAAAACCUUCCUGGCAGGCUGAGAAACAAACCGCGAUAUUCAACCAACAUUCUCAGAAAGUGGGGCCUAGUUGUGGAGGAAUGCCAUCGCGGGGAAAAGCUUCUUUUGGCCGGUUUAUCCGGGAGCGGUAGCAGCGCCUCUGCAGCUAGCUGAUUAGCUUCCCAGCUCCAUGGCGAUCUACGGGCUGAACAUUACCAUAUAUAGACCGGGCACGGAGCUCCCUGGCCGGUGAAAUGUAAACGGCCACGGGCUCGGGAGACUGAGAAAGGGAAAGCAAAGACAAAACUCAGCCUGAGAGACCAAAACCACCAUCUUCACCAUGUCAUCCGAGCAGAUCAUCGCCAUCAUCAUGGAUGACAAAACCUACGAAGUGAAUAAAAAGAAGCUGAUCGAGAAGAGUGACUACUUCCGAGCUCUGUACAGCUCGGGGAUGAGGGAGUCCACGGAGGACUCGGUGCAGCUGCAGGGGCUCAGCGUCCUUGGAUUGGAGCUGGUCCUGGAGUUCAUCAACACCUCCAAAGUCCAGGUAGUCAACGAGACUCUGGAGGACCUGAUCGAGACCGCCUCCUUCCUCCAGGUCACCUCCAUCCUUAAGCUCCUCACUUCGGAGAUCCGGCUGGAGAACUGCGUGGAGCUGUAUAGCCUCUCCGAGGUGUAUGGGACUCACGACCUGCGUACCGCCUGCCUCAAAUACAUGACCUGCUACUACCACCCCAUGCUGAGGCGGCCUGAGUUCAGCAGCCUGGCCUCUGCUGUCAGGGACCAAGUCAAGGAGAUGCGCAUGAAUGGCACUGCCACCCUGGUGGCCAUCGGAGACUUCACCAGCCUGUCCCUGGAUGUGCCGGAUCAGGAUGAGCCCUGGUCCAUGCUGAGGUAUGGAGAGGUGGAUCAGCGCUGGAAGCCCCUCGCCAAUAACCUCCCUCCAGAUAUGAUCAACGUCAGGGGGUAUGGGUCGGCCAUCCUCGAUAACUACUUGUUCAUAGUCGGCGGGUACAGGAUGACGAGUCAGGAGAUCUCCGCUGUGCACUGCUACAACCCCUGCAGGAAUGAGUGGAACCAGGUGGCGCCGCUCAACCAGAAGAGGUCCAACUUCAAGCUGCUGGCCGUACAGGGAAAGCUGUACGCUGUGGGAGGCCAGUGUCUGGGCACAGUGGAGUGUUACAGCCCUGAGCAGGACUGGUGGACCUGCGUCUCCUCGAUGCCCGACCCGCUGGCUGAGUUCUCUGCCUGUGAGUGCCAGGGUAUGAUCUACGUCAUGGGUGGAUACACUGCGAGAGAGAGGAACACAAACAUCCUCCGAUACUGCCCCAUCUCUGACACCUGGACGACGUUCCGAUCCUGCCCGGCUCACAUCCGGAAGCAGCAGAUGCUCUCCGUGGAGGACACCAUCUACCUGGUGGGUGGCUACACCCACGAGCUGGACACGGGGCUGCGGCGGCGACGUCCCAGCCAAACAGAGGACGUGCUGACGGUGCAGUCGUACAACGUCACCACGGGGGAGUGGCUCCAGCUGAAGGAGAACACGUCCAAGUCGGGACUGAACCUGACGUGCACGCUGCACAACGACGGCAUCUACAUCAUGAGCCGGGACGUCAGCCUGCCCACCAGCCUGGAGCACCGCGUUUUUCUCAAAUACAACAUUUUCUCCGAUGCUUGGGAGGCCUUCAGGCGCUUCCCGGCUCUGGGACAGAACAUGCUGCUCUGCUCACUUUACCUUCCUAACGUGCUGUGACCGGCAGAGCGGUGGGAAAGCUCGAACACCGUUAACAGACCGAUUAUUCUUGCACUCAUUGGGGAUCUGUGGCGUCAGGGUGUGGUUGGCAGUUUGAAUGCCUCGUGACCGCCGUGCCUCGGAUUAAAAAACUUGAAAAAACGUGCACUACGCUAAAGAUACUGCUGUGGAUGCAAAUGGAAAAGCUAUAAUCACAAGUGUGGCCCAAAGCAUCAUCAGAGGUAGCACCAGUUUGUGCCUCUCAUGUGUUAAAGUCAGCAGUCACCAUCAAAUAAUCACCAGGUGAAGUUUAGAAAACACAGAACCAGCUGGUGCUGCCAUUUGAAGGCAUUUCCACAACCCUCAAAAAGUCUCUUCUGACCAUCUGGA